AUGUCCAGCAGCACCAAUGCCCCUGGCCAGAGGAGAGUGUCUCGGGGCUUGGACGAUGCCACCAACAAGAAGAAGCAGAAGGAUCGAGCCAACCAGGAGAGCAAGGAAGUGUCUCGCCCUGAGCUCGAGCAGGCUGAGACUGCCCAGGAGAAGGACUCAGAGGAGGAGCUGCUGCUGGACUGGAAGCAGAACGCUGACGAGAUCAUCGUCAAGCUGAACUUGGGCAGUGGAGCUCUGAAGGUGGAGGAUGUGGAUGCUGCUUUCACCGACACAGACUGUGUGGUCAAACUACCAGACGGGCGCCAGUGGAGCUGUCAGUUCUACGAGGAGAUCGAGAGCUCCUGCAGCAAGGUCCAGUGCAAGAAGGGCAACUUUCUACAGCUUGUGCUUCAGAAGAAGAUCCCACUCCAUACCUGGUCUUCGCUUCUGAAGAGAAGGAAAGACGGAUCCAAAGAGCUGGCCAAAGGGGCCACAUGCUGGGAGAACGGGAAGGAGAAGGCUGCUUCUGCAGAGCUGGCCCUGGAAGAGCCUAGGGCUGAAGGCAUAGACCUGCCGAGGUCCCGGCGAGAGCCCUCCAACCCCAAGCGCGCUCCAGGAAGAAGUGAGGCCCUGGGAGGGAAAAGCCCAGCCAGCCCAGGGACACAGAGCGGCCCCAGCGCUAAGCGGGCAGUAUACCUCAAAGUGGCUCCCACGGAAGAGGAGCCGAAUGCCAGAGUCGCUGGAACUGUGGAGCCCAGCAAAGGGCACAGCGGGAGGGCAGGCAGCCGCCGCAAUGGCAGAGCCAGCCAGGUCGAUACACCCACAGCCCUUGCGGACCUUGCACCACCACUGGAGAAGGCUGUAGUUUUGGCCAAGGAGACGGUUCCUGUGGAGAUGCCACCUCUCACAGCUACCACAGAGGUGUUCCCGCACCGUGUUGCCACCUGUGUGGAGAAAAGGGUCCUGCAGCCGGGCAGCCCUGCUGAGGCCUCGCGGGGCCGGGACUGCAUGCCUGUCCUGGGGGAGAGCUCUAGGACUAUCCCAGUGGCCACCCCUCCCCUGGGCAGAGACAGUGAAAAGAGGGACUGGUCCAAGGAUGACGUGGCUCUGGAAGCAGCAGCUGACGAGCCAGAGCCUUUUGUGAGCCUGACCUUUGUCAAGAAUGACUCAUACGAGAAGGGCAAUGAUCUGGUGGUAGUGCACGUCUAUGUGAAGGAGAUCCACAAGGAGACAUCCAAGGUGUUGUUCCGGGAGCAAGACUUCACACUGGUGUUCCAGACGAGGAACCUUAUUGAGCCGGACCAGUGCACGUACAACUUCACGGUGUCUCGCAUUGACGUCUGCCUGAAGAAGCGACAGAGCCAGCGUUGGGGGGGGCCCACCCUUCCCCCUUUUUAAGGUGCAGUGGGUGGUGCAAAGGUUGCCAUGCCUACAGGCCCUACCCCUCUGGACAAGAACCCCCCGGGCAGUAACCAGCACCCCCUGUCCAGCAAGGAGGAGGCCCGAGCCAGUGACAAGGAGAAGCCCCGCGUGGAAGAUGGAGGUCUGGAUGGCGUGGCAGCCCGUACAGCCCCAGAACAUGUAGCAGUGAAGCAAGAGCCACACAUCCCCUCGCCCAAGCCGACAUGUAUGGUGCCACCAAUGACACACAGCCCCGUGAGCACCGAGAGUGUAGAGGAUGAUGAGGAUGAGGACGAAAAGAAGAAGGUGUGCCUGCCCGGCUUCACGGGGCUGGUGAACCUGGGCAACACCUGCUUCAUGAACAGUGUCAUCCAGUCCCUGUCCAACACUCGGGAGCUACGCGACUACUUCCAUGAUCGGUCCUUUGAGUCGGAAAUCAACUACAACAACCCACUGGGGACAGGGGGACGCCUGGCCAUCGGCUUUGCCAUGCUGCUGCGAGCACUGUGGAAGGGCACACACCAUGCCUUCCAGCCCUCUAAACUGAAGGCAAUUGUGGCCAGCAAGGCCAGCCAGUUCACUGGCUAUGCCCAGCACGAUGCUCAGGAGUUCAUGGCCUUCCUGCUUGAUGGCCUGCAUGAGGACCUCAACCGGAUCCAGAACAAGCCCUACACAGAAACUGUGGACUCAGAUGGGAGGCCUGACGAGGUGGUGGCUGAAGAGGCCUGGCAGCGACACAAGAUGAGGAACGACUCUUUCAUUGUGGACCUCUUCCAGGGCCAGUACAAAUCCAAGCUGGUGUGCCCAGUGUGUUCCAAGGUGUCCAUCACUUUCGACCCCUUCCUGUAUCUCCCUGUGCCCCUCCCGCAGAAGCAGAAGGUGCUGACUGUCUACUACUUUGCAAAGGAGCCACACAAGAAACCCAUCAAGUUUCUUGUGAGUAUCAGCAAGGAGAACUCCAGUGCCAUGGAGGUGCUUGACUCAGUGGCCCAUAGUGUGCGUGUGAAACCAGAGAACCUGCGCCUGGCAGAGGUGAUCAAGAAUCGCUUCCACCGCAUGUUCCUGCCAUCUAACUCACUGGACACGGUCUCCCCCACGGACCUGCUGCUCUGCUUUGAGGUGCUGUCCCCAGAGCUGGCUAAGGAGCGGGUGGUGGAACUGCAGGUCCAGCAGCGUCCGCAGGUGCCCAGUGGCCCUGUUGCCAAGUGUGCGGCCUGCCAGAAGAAGCAGCUGCCGGAGGAUGAGAAGCUCAGGCGCUGCACGAGGUGCUAUCGAGUCGGUUACUGCAACGUGGCGUGUCAGAAAACACACUGGCCAGACCACAAGGCUUUGUGCCGCCCCGAGAACAUCGGUUUCCCCUUCCUCAUUAGCGUGCCGGAAUCCCGCCUCACCUACGCCCGCCUGGCCCAGCUGCUGGAGGGCUAUGCAAGGUACUCGGUCAGCGUGUUCCAGCCUCCGUUCCAGCUGGGCCGGAUGUCACCGGAGCAGGGGCUGCAGCCUCUGCUCCCGGACAAACUGGAGCCCCUGGCCAAGAGCAGCUGUGCAGCAGCCACCUCUGCCCCUGAGCUGGGGGAUGGGGACAGGGCUUCCAGCAUUCUGCAGGAGCCCCCGCUCUCACCAGCUGUGCCUGAGCUGCACCCAGAGAUGGAGGAUGCUGGCACUGUCCGGAGCAAGGUCCUGGCAGCCAGGAGUUCUCUGCUGAGCUUGGAUUCAGGCUUCUCUGAGCACAUGGAGUCGCAGGGCGACAGCUGUUGCGAGAAGGAGCCAUCCUAUGAGAGAGCCCUCAAGCCAGAAGCUGCCAUCCCUGGGUACCAGCAUGCUCCAGACUCGCUGAGUGCCCGCGCCACGCAGUUCUACAUCAACAAGAUUGAUGCUGCCAACCGAGAGCACAAGCUGGAAGACAAAGGUGACACUCCCCUGGAGCUGGCAGAUGACUGCUCCCUUGCCCUGGUGUGGAAGAACAAUGAGCGCCUCAAGGAGUUUGUGUUGGUGGAGUCCAAGGAGCUGGAGUGUGUGGAGGACCCGGGCUCAGCCAGGUUUGGCCACUUCACGCUGGAGCAGUGCCUCAAUCUCUUCACCAAGCCCGAAGUCCUGGCCCCAGAGGAAGCGUGGUACUGCCCCAAGUGCAAGCAGCACCGCGAGGCUUCCAAGCAGCUGAUGCUGUGGCGGCUGCCCAACGUCCUCAUUAUCCAGCUCAAGCGCUUCUCCUUCCGCAGCUUUAUUUGGAGGGACAAGAUCAAUGACAUGGUGGACUUCCCUGUCCGGAGCUUGGACCUGAGCAAGUUCUGCAUCGGCCGGAAGGGCGAGCAGCAGCUGCCCAUGUACGACCUGUACGCUGUCAUCAACCCCUAUGGAGGCAUGAUUGGGGGGCACUACACAGCUUACGCCCGCCUGCCCAACGACAAGAACAGCCAGCGCAGUGACGUGGGCUGGCGGCUCUUCGACGACAGCACAGUCACCACCGUGGACGAGAGCCAGGUGGUAACCAGAUAUGCUUAUGUCCUCUUCUACCGCCGGAGGAACUCUCCUGUGGAGAGACCCCUGCCAGGGCACCCCCCAGACCACCGAGCCGAGCGCACCCCCUCUGCCGAAGCUGCUGCCAGCCAGCCCUUCCCUCAGCAGUCGGCACCUCCGGUGUCCCACGAGGUGUGA